AUGGAUGAUGGAACAAUGUUGGAAGUUCGGAUAAACGGUGAAAUUAAUGGAGAUGCAGCUUGUUUGGCGAAGUUGCAGAAUACAACAGAAAGUAUUUCUAGUCCUUCUACACCAGGAGUUGAGACCAGCAGUAGUCUUUCCGAUACAACAAUCGCGUUAAUACGGAAGGAACUUGAACAUGAGAAUUUAGCAACCAGACCAAAGAUAAACGAUCAAAGUCAUGCUGAGAAUUUCGUUAAAUCUAGUGAACAAAUCUCGGAUUCACGGGAUUCAAGUGAUUCAAGGCGGAAGUUUCGUGUUCUUGGAUUAACUUUUCCCGGAAAAUGGAUGACAAGUGAAAAGUUCUGGGAUUUACUGGAAAAAAGCGAAUCGUUUCAUAUGUGGUUUGAUAAAACCACAAAAGAUGGCACUAAACAUGGUGGUCUGAGUACUGUUUAUGAAACACCGGAAGAAGCAAAGCUAGCAUUUGCCGCGUUUCAUAAAAUGACGUUUGAUGGGAAUCCACUGAAGUUACAAGCGUCUAAACUUUUUUAUGAUCCGAUACCGAAUUCUCGGAUUGUACAACCACCCAUGCCAUUCAAAAUAAAUCUCUCGGAUCCCGAUGCCUCAAGACGACUCUAUGCUCUUCAUUUGUCUUCAGCUACUGAUCAGGCCUUACUGUCAUCAAUAUUCGGGAGCGAAUGUAUCGAAACAGUACAGUUGGAGGCCGAUCCAUUCAUAACAUCUGAGAAACAAGCUGAGAUUGUAUUCCAUACCGUACAAGAUGCGAAUGAUGCCCGAUUAGAGUUGGCAGAUGGAUUUGAAAUUGAUGAAGGCGAUCGUCAACUUACUAUGAGAUUGCUGACAAUGGAUGAAUAUAUUUCGUACAUGAAAACAGAAAAUGAUAAAAUUCUCAAUGCUCGGGUUGUACCUGUGAGCGCUUCUUCAGCUCCAUCUUCAUCGUCUUCCCAACCAUCACCCUCAGUAUCAUCGACAGCAAUUGCAACUACUUCAGAAACAGCUGUAGUGCCAUUUAUUCCAGCCCCUGAAAUUACAGUGGAGGAUGUAACGAGUUUCGUGCAACAGUACGUUGAUGAGACACGAACAAAUUGGGCAGAAUUGAAUGAAAUAAAUGAACUGUGGAAAUUGUGUGAUGAAGUAAGCCAAAUCCAUAGAGGGAUUCCCGAUUCUUUAUUGAAAAUUGCCUUGUUAAAUGUUUUGGAGCGACAUCAGCGAACUCUUCCAACUCACUGGAUGAGGCAACAUGUUGACAACCUCAUCAGGAUAUGGAAAAAAGAAGUGCAGAAUAUGAAAGGUGUUCAGCGCUCCACUAGUUACACAAUGUGUGCUGCGCCAUACAUUCCUUACGAUGUUCCUGAACGAAAAAAUCCUGACAUAAGUACCGCAAGGAAACGCGCUUUAGCAACAAUAAUGGGUGUCGGGGAAGUACUAGCCAAAGUCCGGACUAUGCUAGCAACGGAGGAAGGAGAAUUAGAUGUUGACGAAGAUGAACACGGAAAUUACACAAUUGAUGGACAGCCGCUGUCGUUUGAAUCUUGGGCUACUAUUAACAAACCGGUGAAACCAACUCCAAUUUACGAACGGCCCCAAUUAUUUAUCGAUCCCAAGAUGCGAAAGUUGAGAAACCAAUGGAAAAAAGACACUUGGCAAAAGAAAUUGGAAGAGGAAAAGAUUAAGAAAACGCAGGAAGUGGAUCCAGAAAUUGAAAGUGAAAAGGAAAAGGAGUUGGUUCCAGAUGGUGAAGUUGUUAGGGCAGAAACAGAAACUCCUGUAAUAAGAAGAGAGCUGGAAGAAGGAGAGAUGUCAUCGGAAAGUUCGUCAUCAUCUUCGGCUUCAACAUCGUCAGAUGAGGAUAUCGAUGAUGGAGCAACAUCCAGACAUCGGCGGCGAAAACGUCGAAGACACGAGAAGAGCAAUCAAUUAAAUCCCGUCCAAGCUGCAAUGGGUUCUGUUAACCCGCAGUUCACAACAUUGUUUGCACAACUCUAUGAACAUCGACAUACGCUGUGUCGAUUGCUCUUAUCUUCACACAAGAAUGCAUUCGCAUCUAUAUUAGGGCAGAUACUUUCUUCACCGCAAGGUAUGACCUCAGCUCAACAAAACCAGAUGAAUUUAUUUAUCCAGAAUUUCUCAACACAGAAUUUACCGAAAUAA